UACCUCAUUUCCGGCGCUGUGAUAUUCGCGUACGCAAGGCCGCAGGCUAGGCAGCAGGCUGAGGGGAGGAGCGGCCGGUUGGCCGAAAGGGCGUCAUGCACCGAGUCGGCGGCAGCAACAGCAGCAGCACUCGGGACUCCCGAAGUGCCCGCUCCAGGUCGCGGCGGAGGCGCUCGGUCUCUCCUUCCGCUCGGGACCGGCGUCGGAGGAGGUCGCGCUCUUCCUCUCGCCGUCGCCCCGCUCGCCACUCGCCCGCCCCGCGCAGCGCCAGAAGGAGACAUUCUCUGGACCGACAUUCUCAUUCACCAGGACGGCGGUCUCCAAAUCAGCACUUUAAAGACAGUGUGAAGACCUCUACUAGACUGGGUUUACCAGUGGAUAGUCUGAGGGAUUUUAACAGGGAUAACCUGGCUCAUGAUGCAGCAUCUAGCAGACAUUUUUCACUUCCUAAAAGUCUUAAUCCAUAUCCCUUGGAUGAAGACCAUCGUUUUAGUCAUGAUGGGGACUACCGCCAGUCAGAUUAUGUGGUAAAAUAUAACCAUCUAGCACAUCUGUAUCGGCAACAAGAAACUGAUUUGAAUGGUGACCCACUCAAAGAAUCCUCAAAUUCAUCAAAAGAUAGAAGGCAGGAACAUAAACACCUUAAUUAUGAUAGAAAUGAUAGACUGCUUGAUGGGACUGUAGACCAAAAUGAUUUCGUACCAGGAAUACAGAAAUAUUGUAAACAAAAUUUUAGUAGAAGCCCAAGCCCAGUAGAUUUCCAUGAACUCAAACUUGAUAAGCGAAAAAGAGAAGAGGUGCACAGAAAUUUGACUCAAGAACUCCCUGGCAAUAGCUACAGGCUUCCUGGGCAAGCUAAGCCAGUUUGGCCUUCUGAAUCUCAUCGCAUUUAUACACCUGAUGAAGUGCCACAGAUACCAAAAAAAUCAAUUUUGAAGAAACGUGUGGGGGAUUCCUCUGUGCAGCCUUGCAGCACUGAUAAUUCAUUGGAUGCAGAAAAUUUCCUCAAAGAAUUCAGUACAUGUUCAGGUAUAGAAUCAGCUGCUAGCAACAAAUCUGACAUCCCUGUGCAUGAUCGGCAACCACAUUCUCGAUACCAACAGAAUUCUGAUAAUUUUUUGAAACAGAACAAGGAUUGUGAGUCAACUUUCGAGCCUGCUGAUCAACAGAGUGAUUUCUUGCUCCCUCAUGAAAGAGCCAGCCAGGAUGGGAAUGGCUUUUCAUGCAUUUUGGGCACAAUGACAGAUUCUACCAGUGCUCAAGAAAAAAGAAGACACAAUGAAGAUAAAGAGAAAAUUGUUUAUGAUUAUGGUCAUAAGAAUGAUUCUCACAUUAACUCUUGCUGUGCUCAAAAGAUAACACUGGCUGUGGAAGAAGAAACUAUGAAGCAAAAAGUAACCUCUUUGUCUCUUCCUGGUUCUUAUGUAAAAACAGACACUUCAGAAAAGUCCCAGCCAGAAUAUGAGAAGAUCCAUGACUUGCUCAAAACCAUUGGACUUGAUAUUGGAGUAGAUGAAAUUGGUAAACUUGCCGCCCGCACUCAGGAACGACUCCAUGGGAAAAACACAUCUCGUUCACCUGAUCGCCAUAUGGUAGCUUCUCAUAAAUCAAAAUCCCGGAAGAAGCAUCAAAGUAGAAGUGACACUGAUUCUCCAGAGCCAGUGCGAAAAUACUCUCUCUCUCCUGGUUCUUCCUCGCCAUCUAAAGAUAUAUCUGAUGACAAUAAAAGGAAAACUGUAGGACAAGAUAAUUCUUUUGGCACAAAACCUGCACUCCCAUCAGCUAUAACUUGUCUUCCUAAUUUGUCUCCUUUCACUUCAUUAUCUUGGUACAGCUUUCCAUACUUCACACCAUUUGGUGCAGCCCAGUUACCACAAAACUAUACAGUUCCCACAAUUCCUCCUGGCUUUAUUCCAUAUGGACCAUAUGUGACUUAUGGAGCUCCUGGCUGGCCCAUGUAUGCUCAGCAGGGUGAUCCUGCUCUUUCAGCCCUGCAUGCAUAUCAUACAGCAAUGAUGCCAGCGUAUUAUUCACAACCCAAGCUCAAGGCAAUUGAGGAAAUUUCCGCAGACAAAGAGGUUCUGUGUAGUGAGUUUAAUGACUCUGUUCAUGAGGAAAUCCCUGAUACUGCUCCAAACUCCAAAUUGCCCUCUCAUUUGUCUCCACUUGCACUCAAAUCUGCCAAAGAAAGACUAUCUGAUGAACAAAAUCGGAUUUCUCAGAGGCAAAAGGUUAAACAGGAAAUAGAACAGUUGAAGGGUGAACAAGAAGCUCAGCAAAAGCAACUAUUUUAUUUGAGAAUUGAGUUGGUCAGGCUUUCAAGACUAAAAGACAAGAUGUCCCGGAAGAAAUCUAAAAGGAAAGACCCGUUGUUCAUUGAAGUGGUCCACAAGCGAAACUGUAUUCAGGUGGAGGUUGCUGACUUGGAAAUCAAAGUCAAUGCUGCAGAAGAGAAAAAAUGUGAGCUUGACACGGUAGCUCAGAUCUUAGGAAUCAACAUUUUUGAGAAAUCUCAGAAACUGUCUUCAGAAAGGAGAGAGUCUUCAGAAAAGUAUGGCAGAUGACACAAAAAACAAGAGGAGGAUUCCUAGCCCAUUCAAGUCAUAAGAAGACAGUCAGAGAAGAGACAAAUGCAGCAGAAGCAAAGACUUUAAAAGUCUGUGCACCUCAGUUGACUUGAUUCCAAUACAUCUUUUAGCAGAUGUGGUAAGGUUCUUGAGAUUAAGACUUAGCUUCGUGAAGCUCCGUAAAACAGCCUUCAUUACUGUUAUGAUCCUAAUCUUGUAUAUAUUUCUCAUAUUAUUUUGACGUUUAAAGAAAAGUAAAUCUGUUGUUAAUAAAUUUUGUCUCAUGGAUUUUUGAUGUAUAUAAAAUGUCAAUACAUCACUUCUGCCAGAUCCUUAAGAAUUGACAUAUCCUCUCCAUAGAUAAUAUAGCCACUUUUAUUUUUCCUGAUCCACUUAUGGUUAAUUUACAAGAGGAGUUAUCUUAAACUCCCACAUCUCAGUCAUUUCUUAAGCAGUUCUUCAUUUUAUGUGGUGGAUUAGCAAAGACGUCCAAGGAUUGGGACCAAUGUAAGUAAAAUGUAGUAAUGGAGGCUUCUUUUAAACUUAUUUACACUUUUCAUGUGAAAUCAGUAACAGUGGGUGGGUUUCUCCUGAGUGCUGUUUUGCCCCACAGGGUAAAUGGAAGGAUGCUCAUAUAUUGUCAUCUUAGGAAUGCAUUGUAAAACCACAAAGAUUAUUUUAUUUGAUUUUAAUCACCAAGGUGAUGAACAACAAAACAACAUAGUAUAAAGAUAAAAACAUUUUAAUCCACAUUAAACAUUUUAAUAACAUGACUACUCUUCUGGAAGCAGAUGCAUAAAAGUCACACUUUUUGUUACUUUUUUUAAAUAAAGGGGGGGGGGGUGCAACUAUUACACUAUGAAAAAAAUCUGCCUUUGAUGCUCCGGUUUUUGUUUUUUUAAAAAAUUAACUGCUUUUCCUCCAAAAAGGGAGUAGGAGGUUUGAUUCAGCUUCAAACAAAUAGCUCCAUUUCUGUUUAUUUGUUUUUAUAAAACUGUUUUACCUUUGGAUGAAGAAUGGAAGAGCAAAGCUCUAGAAACCUCCAUUUCAUAGUUUUUACGCAAUGAAGCCUAUGAAACAAUCAACACAGCCUUAAUCUAAACACUAGUCUGUGUUUAAAUUUACAUAUACAGUAGAGUCUCGCUUAUCCAACAUAAACGGGCUGGCAGAACGUUGGAUAAGCGAAAAUGUUGGAUAAUAAGGAGCGAUUAAGGAAAAACCUAUUAAAUGUCAAAGUAUGGUAUGAUUUUACAAAUUAAGCACCAAAACAUGUUUUUCAACAAAUUGACAGAAAAGCAGUUCAAUAUACGGUAACGUUAUGUAGUAAUUACUGUCUUUAUUAAUUUAGCACCAAAACAUCGCAAUAUAUUGAAAACAUUGACUAUAAAAACAUUGACUAUUAAAAGGCAGACUGCGUUGGAUAAUACAGAACGUUGGAUAAGUGAAGGUUGGAUAAGCGAGACUACUGUAAAAGGUUUAGGAUCUUCUAAUAUAGUGUACAUUUUUGAUGUCAUAACUGGAGAAUAGGGUCCAGAUCAAGUUUUGUUGUAAUUAUAUUCUUAUUAGAAAAUAAUCACAGACACCAGUCUGCCUGGGCUAAUGUAAAUAUUUAUUUAUUUAUUUAUUUAUUUAUUUACAGUAUUUAUAUUCCACCCCAAAGAGGACUCAGGGUGGUUCAUAGAACACAUUAUAACAAUGACAACACAGACAACAGAUAGAGUUAUAUAUAGGCUUUCCCAUCUUUCAGCAUUUUUGGAGGCUGUGCUCGGUUUGGGCCACCAGUGGGUGCUGUCCCUCAAUCUCCCUGCCAAAAAGCUUUCUUUGUUCAUAAAUUUCCUCCUUUUUUUGAUCAAAUGCCGAUCCUACUGUAAGUACCUCCUCACUUUAAUGCGGUUCCUAUUUACCACUCACAUUUGUAUUUGAACUGUUAGGUAGGCAGAAGCUGCACUAAAGAUCAGGAGCUCACCCUGACCCAGGCAUCAAGCUCUCAACCUUCCGAUUGGCAAAAUUUAUUGGUUUGGUGAUUAACCUGCUGUGCUAAAGCCUGGCCCAAUAUGAAUAUGAAUCCACAUCUUUGUUCAUAAUCCAUAGUGUCCAUAAUUCAUAAGGACACAAAUACAGUGACAGCAUGUUUCUGUAUUGGUAGAGAAAAGAACUGGUAAAACAUCUGCAACUAUUCAUUUCCUAAAAAGAUUAAGAAGUUACUUAAAGGCACAAGCACACAUACAUACACAGAGAUAUGAAGCAAAGUUUAGAGAAAUUUUAAAUAGUUAUUGUUACUUCUGUAAUUCAAGGUAUAGGGAUGAAAUAGCAAAAACAAGGAAGACGAUACAAUGUGAAAAAAAGUAAUAAUCUAGGAAGAGGCUGUUUUAAUUUGAAAACUUAGUAGUUUAAUAGCCAGGAUAUUCCUUUAUGGAUUUAUGGGCAGAACUGGAAAUAUUAAUUCCAUAAACUAGGGUGAAACCUAUUCAACUUGAAUACCUAUUGAACUUGAAAUGUUGAAAUAGCUACUGUAUACCAUAAAGCACACAGGCAUUGGAUAUUGUCAAAUCAGUGUAACACAGUAACUGCUGUUAUUAAUCAGAAUCUGAUAAUAAAUUACUCUUACAGUCUGGGACUAUAUAUCAAAGCAAUGCUGCGUUCUAUCUCUAUUUACUACUUUGAUAAAUAAUCAAGCACAUAUUAAUAAUUUUGUAGACUUGUAAAUAAUACUUUUCAGAUUUGAGUAUUUGGCUAUUUAGGAAAACAAAAUGACAGGAGAAAUGUCUCAGGGAAAAGGAUGCCUCUCUUCCAUAAUUUUUUUGAAUUUUUAUUGGGGGAUACUGGGAUAUACUCACAUAAUUUAUUCAUCAUUAUUACUUGAGGUCUCAAACACAAGAAACAGAUUUGAGUUCAGCAGAAAACUCAAGUUCAUUGAAUUCAGUGGAGUUUAUUUGUGGAUAACUAUGCACAUGAAUGGCUGCUGGUGAAACAAAUAGACAUUACUAGAUUGAUUGUAAAGGGAUUUUGGAUUGAAGAAAUCAUGUGAACUCUUUAUAAUUUGCUUUCAGUUUUUAAUUGUUUUUUGUUCCUGAAUUCUAGAGAUCUGAGUGUAUCAUUACACAUGUGUAGUCUACACAAAUCACUUCAUAAUGUAACUGGAAAGCUAUAGCCCAGAUACAGUAUCUACUUUUUCUAGUUUACUCCAACUCUAGAAAUUAAAAAUAAUUAUGAUGUAUAAUUAAUUUUGCCAUGCUGACUAAUUGAUAUUUGAUUAAAGCAAGAAGUGGUUAUAGAAUCUCACUGUCCAUGCCCAAAUAACUGCCUAACUCUCUCUUCAGUUUGUGGUCAAAAAGCUCUGCAUAGAUGAUGGAUUAAAUAAGUUCUUCUGAAAACGUAUGGCUUCUGUUUGCAUAUAAAGAUCUGAUGUCAAUAUUGA